GUUAAAACUUGUGUUUGUUAUUUAAAUUUUAAGCAACUAAAACGUCUAAAACAUUAUAAAUACACAAAUAUUAUGUAUUAGACAUUAGUUUAAUUAUUAUUAUCAAAUAUCAAUCAUCCUAUCUGGUAUCUGCUUUAGGCCUGCAAAGGUAUUUUUAUAAUUUUAAUCAAACGGGUUAUCCACUGUGUAUUAUAAUGUAUACAUUUUUAACUGUGUAUUCAUUAAACCAGUAGUUUUGUUAGGUUCUAACAAUUUUUUUCCCCCAUUUUUAUACGUGAAAUGAGUACAAAUUGUGACAUAAUGGAUCUAAUGAAGGACUAUGGUUCCGAGUUUAACAUGUCUACUGUUAUGCAAUGUGUACAAGAAUUAAAAGCCUGGCAAGAAUCGCAACAGCAAAAAUUAUGUGAAAAUCCAACUAUGGACACAUUAACUAAUGAGAUGGAAGAUGUGUUAAGAUCAUUUGAUAUUCCAGAAAAUUUGCAAGAAAAUCAAUAUGACGAUAGGGUAUCUUCUUAUUCAGAAAUAGACGAAGAACUAUUGAAAAAAUUUGGUUACCAAAAAGAUAUAAUUUCUUCACCGGCUUCAAAUUCAAGAGAUGACAUAGUAAUAUUAUCACCCAAUAAACAUUUUGAUAAAAUUGGCAAAUCAAAGGCAGUAGAAUGUAAUACUAAUAUUGAUGAAGAUAAAAAAUUAGAAAAUGAAAUUGAAUGCAAAACUAUUAAACCUAAAAAACCAUAUUUAAAAAGAGGUACAGGUCUGGCUAGGUAUGGUUUAAACAUAGAAGAAGUAAAAAAAAAAACGGGUAAAUUGAAAUUUAAGAAACCAAUUCUAUCAGUUCCAUCCAAAAUUAAAGUACCAAGAAAGUGUUUGAAUCAAGUCAAACCAUUUCCAAAAACAGAAAUAGUUACUAAGCCAACUGAAAGUACACGUCUAGAUUUAAAAAAAGUUGAAGUAACUAAUUCUUGGAAUAGGUAUGAGCCUAAAGAUUAUUCAGAUAAUGAAGAAAAGUAUAAUAAUACAGAACAAAAGGAAUUACGUGCAUUUGAAAUAUUAGAGGAACGUGCAAACAAUUCUAAUUUAAAUGCAUCAUCACCUACUGUAUGUGAACUCUUAAAAAGAGGACAUAGUUCCAAAAGUAAUAGAGAAUUACCUGCAUCACGGCUAGUUCGUUCUUUAAAUUUUGAUAAAAUAAAUUCAUCCACUCCUAGACAAAAUGUUGAUGAUUCUGACGAUUCCUAUUCAGACUCUAGCCAAGAAUGUGAUCCAUUAGAUUUAACAGAAGAUGUACUAAAAGAUAAGAAUUUAAAUGGUAACAAAAAAGAUAACACUAAAAGAAAAGUUGAUACAGUUAUUUUAACGGAUAAUGAAAAGAAAUAUUUAGAAAACUAUUCCAAGACAUCAGAAAUCAUGAAAAAUGUAGAGUUUGAUCAAUCAUUUGAUACAGAAAUACUAAGUAAGAGACUUGAGGAAUUGGAAUCUGAAAUUGAAACAUUUCGGUUAGAAAACACUAAGUUAAUGAAGUUGCAACGAGAAUUUGAGCUUGAAAGACAAAAAUUCUUUAAGAGUAAAGAUGAUUUUUUAAAGAAAUUAAAUGAUGAAAAAAAAAAUCAGGAAGAAAUGUUGGCAGAAGAAAGAAAAAAAUUCAUAAAAGAAAAAGUUUUAUUUGAGAAAAAUACCAGAGAAUUAAGAAAUAAACCCAAUAGACAAGAAAGAGAAGAAAUAAAAAAAUUAAAAGAACAAUUAACUGAAUUAAAAGAUGAAUUUAAUAAAAAAGAAUCUAGAUGGGCAACUGGCCAAGCUCGACUAAGGACUCAGAUGAAAGUAUUAGAAAAUAGUAAUACUGCUUUGCGCAAUGAACUUGAAUUAUUAAGGAAAAUGUCCUCGAAUAAAAAAGUUACAUUUAAAACACCAUCUGAAAAACAAGCUUUAAGGAAUACCAAAAUGAUUCAUAAUGUUAACACAGAAAUCAGUAAACUAUCACCAGAUGAUAUAUCAUCUAUGGUUGAUCCUAAAACUAAAAACGUUCCUGCAUCUAUAUUGAGGAAACCUUUAAUUACGACUAUUGAUAAUGAAUCGUCUGAUGAGUUGUCCUCAGAUGAAAAUCUGUUUUCCAAAAAUCUCUCUCAUAAUAGUGAUAAUGAAAAUGAUAUUAAUGAAUCGAAUAGUACUCAAAGUAGUAAUUGUGGUGUAAUCCGUGAGACUGUUUUAGAAGAUGGGCGUAAAGAAAUUUUGUAUUCAAAUGGCAAUCUAAAAAAAAUUUCUUCUGAUGGCAGUAAUGUAAAAGUAAUUUAUUAUAACGGUGAUGUGAAAGAAACAAAAGAUGAUUUUGAACGUUAUUAUUUUGCUAAAAACAAAACAUACCAUACAACAUACAAUACUGGUCUAGAGAUAAUUGAAUUUCCUAACGGGCAAACUGAAAAGCAUUACAAAGACGGAAAAGUAGAAAUUGAAUAUGUAGACGGUAAAAAGCAUACAGUGUAUCCAGACCACAAGGAAAUUUGGAAUUACUUGGAUGGUUCAGUUUUGACAGUGGAUCCAAAUGGACAUCGUGAAUUGGUAUUACUAAAUGGUCAACGAGAAAUACACACCAACGAAUUCAAGAAAAGAGAAUAUCCUGAUGGUACAACAAAAAUUGUUUAUCCAGAUGGGUCACAUGAAACCAAAUAUCCUGAUGGUAGAAUAAGAAAAAAGGACAAGGAUGGUAAAUUGAUAUUGGACACUAGUAUAUCAUCUUAGAACAUAUAUAAGCUAAUAUAAAUUGUUGAUCCUUCAAUUAAAUUUUUCUUAUUUUUAUUCUAUUUAUUAUUAUUUUUAUAUGUUUUAUAACG